UUCUUAUACGGUGCAUUAACAGUAGAAUGCUCCCUCUGAAAUGUAGUAACUGGAUUUAAAUAAAGCAGGCGUUUGUUAGUCGUUAUAUGUUCCACUUUAUCUCGUCUCCCCCACCAUGCAUGUUAGAAACUAUGUAAGCGAGCAAAGAAAAGAGCCGACGAUGCGACUGAUCAAUACUCCCCGCAGCCAUUAGGACUCAUUAAUAAUGAACGAGCAAAGUGUCAAGUCAAAGUAAUCAGAGAUUGUUUUAAUAAAUUCCUCUGCAGACGUUUGACCUCCUCUCUCAGACAGGUACGGACACAUCCACAGGUUCCCUCUGACUGCUGCGCUGAGUGGCAUGUUGUGCAAUUUGGCUGUCAGACAUUCCUUCUUCAUAGAGAGAGGCCUGACAGUGUGUGUCGUCACCGGCUGAUCCUCGCAGGUGAACUGAGGUGCACACACACACACAGGAAGAACGGGGAUUAAAGUCAGUGGUGGAAGGUAACUAAGUACAAAUACACAAUAAAAAAUGAUACAACAAUAUCCAUUCUGCAUAACGACUACAUUCACUUUUGAUGCUUGAAGUACAUUAAGCUCAUAAUACUUACUGAUUCACAGGAAAAUGUCUAUACCUCCUCUGCUGUUCCACGCUGUGACGUUCUUAAACCCACGUACAAUCGUUCAGAUAUUAUUCAACAUUAUGUUACCUUAAUUAACAAGCAAGCACUCUUCAUUGGAGAGCUAAUUAAGUAAUGGAUGAAUACAUUAUCGAUGCAAGGUUUCUUUUCUCUUAUACAAUCCUUACAAAAUGUUGAAAUUGUUAUCCAUCUGUUUUAUUUUGAGAUUCCAGUCAAUGUUCCAGUUUAUAUUUGCAACUGUAAAUGCUGCCUAUGAUGACCCACAAAAUCUUCUCACGUGAGCUAUGAACGGAGCGAGUAAAGAGUGAGGAGCUUUGUGUUCGUUCCUUUAUUUUCAUUUCCACUGUUAUCUGACUCCUGAUCAGCUGCAGCUCACUCACAUACUUCUCUACGUGACUCACUCAUAUCUGCUGGCGUCUGCCACUAUUUUCAUUCUGUGUUUUCUCGGAUCAACAGAUGCUCAGACGGUGAGAAUCAUCCCUCUGCCUCCUGAGUGCUGCACAGGUGAUGAAGCAGAGGAGAGUAUGCUGCAGGGCUUCCUCUCUCCUGCUUUAAAACACAGUGUGACUUAAUGAGUCACUGUGCACUCAGAUUAACCUGAGCGUCUCGCAGUUAAGGAUUGUCUGACGCUAAACGGCAUUAAAGGUCCCACAGUUUUAGGCCCCACAGACUUAGCAUAUCAAAUUUAAGAAGGGACACGUUAAAAUAAAAAUGUACACUUAAAGUCUUCAUAAAACGUCAGCUCUUUUAUUAAAUCAGUGCAGAGUUGUUGAAAAUGUGACAUGAUUUACCUUCUUUCUCUGAUUUUUACCUCUCCUCCCUAAGGCCUCAUCCAUCCAUUCACCAGAAGUUCUCCAUUCCCCCCCAUGGACCCUCACAUCUACACCUGCCCCACCUCCCUCUGCAGCCUGCCGGAGCAGGCAUCUUUCGGAGCACCAGGAUUGCCCGGUCUCUGGCUCAUACUGCCCGGUGAUUCCUCCGUCAGCCUGCAGCCUCUCUCCCGCAGUGUGUGGAUCCAAGUGCCGCAGCAUCACCUGCACCAAGACUCCCUUCAGCUGGAUACUCUGAGUGACAGCACCGGUACACACCAGCAUUGGUGAAGGACUUCCAGACCCUGAAGAACACAUACAGGUCGAGUGGGAGAUCGGACCGCUCCUAUCCAACAGAGGCUGCCCACCACUGAGGGGGGGCCAGUAAAAAGCAUGAGUUCAUGCAGCACAGAUGUUAAGGAAAAUCGGAACUUGGACAACCUCUUCUCCAAAGAGAGGGUUGCAGCUGAGGCUGCUCAACUCCCCAAUGGGAGUGCUGGGGGUGGGAGGAAACGUCCCUUAGAGGAGGGCAAUAAUGGGCAUGCUCAUUCCAAGUACAAGCCCAAGAAGCGUAAGAAAAUCCCUGGGCCCAUUCUGCCCAAGAACGCCCUCAUGCAGCUGAAUGAGAUCAAGCCGGGGCUGCAGUACAAACUGCUCUCUCAGACCGGGCCGGUCCACGCCCCCGUCUUUGUGAUGACUGUGGAGGUCAACGGGCAGUUCUUCGAGGGCUCUGGUUCCACUAAGAAGAAGGCCAAGCUGAACGCAGCAGAGAAAGCCCUGCGCUCCUUCGUCCAGUUCCCCAACGCCUCUGAAGCCCACAUGGCCAUGGGCCGGACUCUGUCUGUCCACACGGACUUCACCUCGGACCAGGCCGACUUCCCAGACAUGCUCUUUAACGCCUUCGAGACAUCCACCCCCACAGAUGACCCCUUUUACCUUGCGUCCAACAGCAAUGGUUCCUUCAGCUCUUUGGGGAUAGAGUACCCGUUGCUCCCCUCCCCCGUCCCGAACCUAAUCCAGGCCCCCUUACCUCCAGCCCCCUCCACCUUCAUGUCCCCUACAAGCGGCAAGAAUCCUGUCAUGAUCCUCAACGAGUUGCGGCCGGGCCUCAAGUACGACUUUGUGUCGGAGAGCGGGGAGAGCCACGCCAAGAACUUUGUCAUGUCGGUGACGGUAGAUGGUCAGAACUUCCAGGGUUCUGGGCGGAACAAGAAGCUGGCCAAGGCCCGGGCCGCCCAGGCUGCUCUGUCCGCUCUGUUCAACAUGCAGCUGGACCAGGCUCCGUCAAGACAGCCUAUACCCAGAGAGGGACUGCAGCUCCACCUGCCACAGGUUCUGGCAGACGCCGUCUCCCGCCUGGUCGUCGACAAGUUCAGCGAACUGACGGACAACUUCACGUCUCCGCACGCUCGGCGGAAAGUAUUGUCAGGCGUCGUCAUGACAACAGGUGCUGAUGUGAAGGAGGCUCAGGUGAUCUGCGUUUCCACGGGGACAAAGUGCAUCAACGGUGAAUACAUGAGCGACAGAGGUCUGGCUCUCAACGACUGCCACGCUGAGAUAGUGGCUCGCCGCUCGCUCAUCCGGUACCUGUACUCGCAGCUGGAGCCCUUCCUCAGUACCCACGAGGAGGAGCAGCAGAAAUCCAUCUUCACCCGGUGUGACAGCAGACAGGGCUUCAGACUGAAGGAGAACGUGCAGUUCCAUCUGUACAUCAGCACGUCCCCGUGUGGAGACGCUCGCAUCUUCUCUCCGCACGAAGCCGGAGUAGAGGAUUACGGGGAUAGACACCCGAACAGAAAGGCCCGGGGACAGCUGCGCACUAAGAUCGAGUCUGGAGAAGGAACCAUCCCGGUGCGCUCCAGUAACACCAUCCAGACGUGGGACGGGGUUCUGCAGGGGGAGAGGCUGCUCACCAUGUCCUGCAGCGACAAGAUAGCCAGGUGGAACGUGGUUGGAUUCCAAGGCUCGCUGAUGAGCUACUUCACCGAGGCCAUCUACUUCUCCAGCAUCAUCCUGGGCAGCCUGUACCACGCCGACCACCUCUCCAGGGCCAUGUACCAGAGGGUGACGGAGAUGGAGGAGCUGCCGCCGUCCUUCAGCCUGAAUAGGCCGCUGCUCAGCGGGAUAAGUAACGCGGAGGCCCGUCAGCCGGGGAAAGCUCCCAACUUCAGCGUGAACUGGACGGUGGGGGACCCGGGCUUAGAGGUGAUCAACGCCACCACAGGGAAGGACGACCUGAGCAGACCCUCCAGACUCUGUAAGCACGCCCUGUUCAGCCGCUGGCUGCGCCUGCACUGCAAGCUGUCCUCCACCCUGCGGAUCAGAACGCCGAGGCCCUGCAGCUACCACGACGCCAAGCAGGCGGCGCUGGAGUACCACGGCGCCAAGCAGACGCUCUUCAAAGCCUUCCACAAGGCGGGCCUGGGCGCCUGGGUGAAGAAGCCCAUCGAGCAGGACCAGUUCUCUCUCAACACCUGAGGCAGGAAGCACACUGCUGCGUCACCUCCUGUACGGGGAAUCCUCCGUGUGCAUCGUCAUGGACCGGACUGAAGCUCUUUAGCUCCUCCCUCUGCCAGCACAAACUUAUGCAACUUUAAAUAUGUAAAAACAGACAUUGGGAAUGGAAACUCGUUAACUAAAAUAGCACUUCUUUGUAUAAACAUAGGGAUGUAUUUCUUUUGCAUGUGUGAUUAUACCAAAUUGAUACAGUAGAAGGUUUGUCAUUGUGUGUCGGUGUUGUGAUACGCGGGAAAGGUGGUCCUGCGGUUUGUUUCUGCUUUGCCGCGGUUCUUACAAACAUAUUUUCAUUCCUCUCAGAUGUCCACAAUGGCAGGAAAGACUUUAGAAUGACAUCCAGUCCUCCACAGAUCCCCCACAUGUGGCGUCACAGUCCAGCCACAUUAGGAAGGCAUGCAUGUGAAUGUGUCUGAAAUAACACACAGCUUCCUGUUUUAAAGGCUAUCUUCAAAAGCUACGUUCGGUCUGGGUGUACCUGAUGGGAGCCAAGUGGCAAACUUCAUGUGUGUAUGAAGAAGAGAUACUUUAUCAAUUAGUUCACUUUGUAGAAAUUGAGAAUAGAUAUGUAUCAUUUAAGCUACCGUCGCUGAAACGGUGUCACAACUUUCGUGGACUUUUUUAGUUCCUAUGUGAUGUCAUUUCCUGUCGUUGGAUGACGCAUUUGACUAUGAUAAGCCUCUUUCGCGUCCAACCAAAUGAGUUAAACUCCUCUCUAGUCGUGUUGCACUAGAUCAGGGUCACCACCCUUAUGCAAUGAAACUCAACAGCAGUGAUGGUCCGUACGCAGCGAUGCCGUAGUGAUGUCACUGUCACCACCAGUAAAAGCUCACCAAAGAUGUCAGCAGAUGACACUUUUUUUUAUUUCCUCUCUUGUUUUACACUCAUUCAGAUGUACUUUUUUAUUCCUGUGAUGGUGAUGAUGUUCAACUCCUUCAAACCAAACAGACCUGUUUCCUCUCAAGCACCAAAAUGAUCUCUACUCCAUGUCCUGAUCUAUCUUGUAUUUACAACUAUGUAUGAACUAUUUCUGUCAAUUUAACUUCAUUUUUAUUUGCUGUAAACUCCUCCAAACACACACAGGGCAUACUUAAGAAGUUCUUUUCUUUUUUUAAAUCUUCCUGCUUCUAUUUUUUGCUGAAAAUAUGUCUGACUUUGAGCAUGUGCAGACCUGUUCCUGGCUCCAGAGUCUGGUAUAUUUCCAAAGGGAGAAACGGUUAUUUUUUUGCAUUGACGGUGAGGUAAAGCUGGAGUGAAUGGUGCAUUUGUUGGUGCUGGGUGAGCCUCACUACUUUACAUGAACAGAUGUGGGGCCUGAUGCAUGAGCUGCGCCUGUAAAGCAUGAAAACUAUGAAUAUAAAUAUGUAGAGUCAAGUCACUGGGCUAGAGGUUUAAUAAAAUGCUGUUAGAGUCA